AUGGGGAAGCUGUCUUGCCGAGCUAUCUGGGCAUUCUCUUGCUUGCCGACGGCCGGGAAAAGGGACAUCCAGGAAGCAGAAUCUCGCUCCAGAACUGUUCAGAUAGCUAGCGAACCAAGCCUUGCCGAUCCGGGCACGCAAGGAGGGCCAAGAUUAUCUGGGGUUGAAGAGCCCAAAGGGAGGCUCAAUCGACUGCGGGGAGUUAGUCCAGCCAAGCGAGAUGGCGCGCCCUGCAAAGCUCCGGUUUGCGGCGACGCGAUUCAGAACGCAUCCAUGGACAGACCGACACGCUUCGGAGAGGAAGGUGUUGGACAGCGGGACCUCGCGAGCGCAGGUGACUCGAUUCCCCGACUGGAUUGGGAUGCCGAGUGCUACCUCACUAUCUUACUUGGGGACUCCCGACCUGUCCAGUCUGGUUUGAAGGGUCACGGUGAGUGGAUGUUAUUUUCCCAGCUGGACGAGAGACUCCAAUGUCUCGCGCAGCUGAGGGGAAAGGGUACCGGUAUGUACUCCGUACCGGUGGGCCGCGCUACUGGUCCUCCCCGGUACCAACCAGUUACUAGUGAGGCCGAUGUCGCGGGAGACAAAACUAAACUGGAGUGGUUCCAGUUCGGGACCAGGACCGUGAGCGGGCUAGCCUUGGGACUAACUGCUAGUCCAAUAUGCGGAAGUCGGGAAUUCCGCAGAUAG